AUGUGUGAUGGGGCACCAGCCUCUGUGAAAGCGAUUGGAUGGGCCUCUGUUCCCGGUCACUUGAUGCCACAGCAUGAUGGAGCACAGUUGAUUCUACUGCAUGCGUGGGAUAAGGAUACAGCACUGCGGACUGCGGCAUCGAGGGAAAACAAUGCGAAGACAUCCAUCGUGGUGGAUGAACAAACUGCGCUCCACUGCCUGUCACCCGCUGUAGUUGUGCAAAAAUCGCUUGAGGCAAUCAUGGAGAGUAAAGUCACACGUGAUACACUUAAUUAUAAAUUAGAGACAAUGGUUCUGGAUCUACCGACAGUGGCAGGGAAAACACCAUCAAUAUCAGCAGUGGCACAACAGCACAACAGUUCCCCUUCCAAAUCAUCAUCACAUGCGAAGAAAGAAGCCGAUAUUUCGUCACCACCACCACCAGCGGCCCCAACAACAGAAGCGGAGAUGGAAGCUAACUCCGUGAAUGGAGCUGAAGAAGCGACCCAAAGUCGUGCAAAUGCUGUUGCAGAAUAUGCCCUUGAACGGUUAAACCACCAUCAAGCAGAAGCUCUCGUAUUAGGUUCUGGGAAUAGUACGGCCGGUAAAAGCAUUCUGGUGGGUCACGUAAGCAAGGCUAUACUCAGUACUGUACGUCAAACACACCCUCUAUGGUUUAUUAAAACUGGUGGUUGCACAAUGCGGAUAAAUACCGCAAUGCUGCGAUACGUUGUGGUGCUUGUGCCCCGUCCUGGUGAUGAAGAGUCUCUCGCGAAGGAUUCCCUUGUGGUGCAGUACGCUCUUGAACGGCGUCGAAAAAAGAGCAGUGACACUGUUAGCGUUGUCGUAGUUGCUGAGUAUAAUACACCCCCAGAAGAAGUGGAGCGGUACUCACAAGUGAUAGAAACACUUUUGAAGGAAUUUGAAUCAACCAUAGAAUCUGAAACAUGUGGACAGGAAAAUGAAGAAACUGAUCCUGCAACUCCUCCCUUGCCUCAGAGUAUAGUAGCAGAAAAUAAUACGGUAGCUGAUCUUCCAAAGAAAGAAUCUGUGAUCACGUUGGAAGGGGAAGUCCCGCCUACUGCUGAUGGGCGUGAAGAUGCUGCAGAGGGACAAGAACAGCAGCAAUGGCCAGGGAUUUCAGUGUGUCAACUUAAACCCACAAAACAAGUGUCGGAGCCAACAGUGAUUAAUGUAUCUGGACAGGUAGUGAAGUUUUUACAGCGUUACAAGACGGAUAUUGUUGUUUCCCCCUCUACUCUCCCAGAGGAACUUCAUUUGGCUUUACUCGCCAUGUCAAAACAGCACACUCUGGUUGUGCCAUCUGCUGAGGUAAAAUCACAUUCCAGUAUAUUGAGGACAGUUUUAGCAGCAGCAGCGACAACAACAACAACAACAGCUGCAGCAGAAGCAACCGAGAAGAAUGCGGAAGCGCCUGCUGUAGUGGUCGAAUGUACAGAAUGA